AUGGCUAAAGUUUUCUUUACGUUCGAUCGUGAUGCGUAUCAAACAGGAGGAAAUGUAGCCGGAAAAAGCCAGAUUCCCGCUGGUCAUCACGAAUACGUGUUCUCAUUCGAUUUGCCCCAAAUGUGUCCGCCAACUUUUAAGGGAAGUCUUGGUGAGAACAAGUAUCUGAUUGAAAUGGUGUUCGAAAGACCAUCAAGACUCCAGACGAGAGUUGAGAAGGAGUUCGUCGUCACUAAGACUAUGGAACAUAUGAUGACCAGGUACAAGAUUGGAAAGAAGUACAACCACACCGAAAGUUACGCGGAGACUUCUUUGAAACUUUCUGGAUUGGUGGAACUUGAAGUUGUCACACCAAAUAAAGCGCUGAAGUAUGGAGAAUCGUUUCAGCUGGAAUACGAAAUUCACAACGACAGCAAUGUAGCUGUAACUCGAAUAUGCGCAGAAUUUUACAGCCGAGAACAUUAUCACGCCGGCAACCUACAGACCUCUUGUAGAAUUUGUGAUUUGUGUCCGUUGAGUAGCGAACAGCAAAAAACAACUCCGACGAAACUAGGAUACAAAGAAAUAAAUGUUUGUAUCCAUCCUCACUUACAGGGUGCAUUCGUUAUGCCGUUCGUUAUUCCGAAGGAGGUGAAGACCCCGUCUUUUGAAACUGGUCUGAUGACAUGCGGUUAUGAAAUGAUUGUGGGAUUGAAGAUGGAGAAGGCAGAUAUGAAUGCUUACGAUUCUCUGUACAUCACAUUACCGUUGAUUGUGUUCGUUGGAGAUGCUCCGCAAAAGAAGAGAGUGAUCAGCUUCCCGGCACAAAAGAUUAAGAAUAAAUUGGCGCCACUUGCUUCUCUUUUUGAUAUUUGA